CAUUGACACCAUGAUUACCAUUUUUGCCGUGUUUUCUGAGAGUCAUCGUCGCAGUUUGUAGUUGGCUAUUGACUAUAAAGAUUGAAAAUUUGUUGAUCUUAUUCAUAAAUAAAAUUGAAAUACUUAGUAUCGAGAGAUAGAACACAAUGAAGCUGAAUAUCACCUCAGCCGCCGGCAUCAUAUGCUUGCUGGACGAGCCAAUCCAGGAGCUGAAAGUGUUCGCCCUAAAAAAGCUGGACUCCAUCGUGGAUGAGUUCUGGCCGGAGAUAUCGGAAGCGGUGGAAAAAAUCGAAAUACUCCACGAGGAUAAAGGCUUCACGCAGCACGAUCUGGCUGCUCUGGUGGCCUCCAAAGUGUACUACCAUUUGGGUUCGUUUGAGGACUCGCUGACUUAUGCGCUGGGCGCGGGAGAUCUGUUUGAUGUGAACGCCCGGAACGAGUACGUGGACACGAUCAUUGCCAAAUGCAUCGAUCACUAUACCCAGCUGCGGGUACAGCUGGCGGAGAAUCCAUCCAAGGCGAAGCCAAUCGAUGCCCGGCUGGAAGCGAUUGUUAAUCGGAUGAUUCAACGUUGUCUGGAUGAUGGACAGUACCGGCAGGCGCUGGGAAUUGCACUGGAAACCCGGAGGAUGGACAUUGUCGAGUCGUCGAUCAUGAAGGCGGAUGAUAUUCCUGGAAUGUUGGCCUAUGCUUUUCGGGUCACAAUGAGUUUGAUCCAAAAUCGCGCCUUCCGCAAUACCGUUCUGCGUUGCCUGGUUAGCCUAUACCGCAGUCUUGGUGUUCCAGAUUACGUGAACAUUUGUCAGUGUUUAAUUUUCCUGGAAGAUCCGUUGGCCGUUGCAGAGCUGUUGGAUAACUUAACCAAGGGAGGCGAACACUCGGUGUUGAUGGCUUAUCAGAUUGCGUUCGAUUUGUACGAAUCUGCCACGCAGCAAUUUUUGGGCCAAGUGCUGCAGGCACUGAAGGCCACUGCUCCAAUUCCGUCAGCGCUGAUCUCAAAUCUGAAGCCACAGGGAACGAAUGCUUCCGCACCGGAAGUAAAACAGGAACCCAAGGAAAGCGAGGAUGGCGAUACGAAGAUUGAACGCACCGUCGAGAGCUUGAACGAAGCCGAAAAGACACAUCAGACGAACAUUGAGAAGCUUGCGGGCAUUUUGUCCGGAGAAGUAACAAUCGAUUUGCAGUUGCAAUUUCUUAUAAGAAGCAAUCACGCUGAUCUGCAGAUCCUGAGGGCCACCAAGGAAGCGGUGCGAGUAUCGAUUUGUCACACUGCGACUGUCAUUGCAAAUGCUUUCAUGCACAGCGGAACGACCAGUGAUCAGUUUUUGCGGGAUAAUCUGGAGUGGUUAGCAAGAGCUACUAAUUGGGCAAAGCUUACGGCGACUGCCUCGCUUGGAGUGAUUCAUCGUGGCCAUGAGACUGAAUCGCUUGCUCUGAUGCAAAGCUAUCUGCCGAAGGAGAGCGGACCGAGUUCUGGUUACUCCGAGGGUGGUGGUCUCUACGCUUUGGGACUGAUUCAUGCCAAUCAUGGAGCGAAUAUAAUCGAUUAUCUUCUGCAGCAGCUGAAGGAUGCCCAGAAUGAAAAUGUGCGCCACGGUGGAUGCCUCGGGCUGGGCCUCGCUGCAAUGGGAACCCACCGACAGGAUGUUUACGAACAGCUUAAGUUUAACCUUUACCAGGAUGAUGCCGUAACGGGAGAGGCGGCUGGAAUUGCGAUGGGUAUGGUUAUGCUGGGAUCGAAACAUGCUCCAGCCAUAGAGGAUAUGGUUGCGUACGCACAAGAAACCCAGCAUGAGAAAAUUCUACGCGGACUUGCUGUCGGAAUUUCACUAACGAUGUACGCUCGUCUAGAGGAGGCCGAUUCGUUGGUCACCAGCUUGUCCAACGAUAAGGAUCCGGUUCUUCGUCGCAGCGGCAUGUACACCGUUGCAAUGGCAUACUGUGGAACCGGUAAUAAUCAGGCCAUCCGGAAGCUUCUUCACGUUGCUGUGAGUGACGUGAAUGACGAUGUGCGGCGGGCAGCGGUCACUGCUAUCGGUUUUAUUCUGUUCCGCACGCCAGAACAGUGUCCUUCGGUGGUCUCACUCCUGGCUGAAUCAUAUAAUCCACACGUCCGGUAUGGUGCCGCCAUGGCUCUUGGCAUUGCUUGCGCUGGUACCGGUCUGCGCGAAGCGAUUGCUCUUCUGGAACCCAUGGCGAAAUUUGAUCCGAUCAACUUUGUUCGCCAGGGGGCGUUGAUAGCUUCUGCUAUGAUUCUGAUUCAACAAACCGAUCAAACUUGUCCGAAAGUCACAUUCUUCCGGCAACUGUACACACAGGUCAUCACCAACAAGCAUGAAGAUGUUAUGGCCAAGUAUGGUGCAAUUUUAGCUCAAGGAAUCAUCGAUGCGGGUGGGCGCAACGUCACCGUCAGUCUGCAGUCCCGCACGGGUCAUACCAACUUGCAGGCCGUGGUCGGUAUGCUGGUCUUCACCCAGUACUGGUACUGGUUCCCGCUGGCUCACUGCCUUUCGCUCGCCUUCACCCCAACUUGCAUAAUAGCGCUGAAUUCCGAUCUGAAGAUGCCCAAGCUGGACUUCAAGUCCGCUGCCCGACCUUCGUUGUAUAGCUAUCCCGCCCCACUGGAGGAGAAGAAGCGCGAGGAACGCGACAAGGUUGCGACGGCGGUUCUCUCGUUAGCCGCGAGGGCAAAGCGUCGCACCGGGGACAAGAAAAAAGACAACAACAAGGACGGGGACUCUAAGAUGGAGGUAGAUGAAGAUGCGCCCGCUGCCAAGGAUGAACUUUCGGUCACCAUUAAAACUAAGGAAGAUAAAAAAGAGAAAAAACAGGACAAAGCGAAGGAGUCGGGUUCCACACCAUCACCCGCUGCCACCGGGGAGGAGUCUUCGUCGGGAGCGACAGCCACGACAGCAGCCAAGACUCCUAAGGAACCGGAACCGAGCUUUGAGAUUUUACACAACCCGCCACGUGUUAUGCGCCAGCAGUUGAAGGUCAUCAGCAUUGCUGAGGGAACCUCAUACACUCCCAUGAAGGACGUCACUAUCGGUGGGAUUAUUAUGAUGCAGCACAAAGUUGGCGAGGAACAAGUGCUUGUAGAGCGUGUCACUGCCUACGGUCCGAAGAAUGAUGACCUGAAAGAACCGGAAGCUCCCGAACCGUUCGAGUAUAUUGAGGAUUAGGCGUGAAUGUGUCUUUAUAUUAUACAACACCACGUAGUAUCGUUUCAUCUGGAAAAUUAAAACAAACAAAUGUAUCUAUUCGAAAA